CCCUAAUUGCUUAGGGUUGAGGAGGCAGAGAGACGAAGAUGGCUUCCAAGAAAUCUCAUGUGGUCUGUUUGCCUAUCCCAACUCAGAGCCACAUAGGGGCGAUGCUCAAACUCGCGAAGCUCCUUCACCACCGAGGCCUCUACAUCACCUUCGUUAACACGGAGUAUAACCAUAGGCGCCUAGUUGAGGCCAGAGGCCGGAGCUUCCUAAAUGAUCUCCCCGCUGGUUUCCAGCUCGUGGAGAUCCCGGACGGGCUUCCACCAUCUCAGGCCAACGCGACCCAGGAUGUUAUCUCCCUUUGCGAGUCCGCUAGGCUCUACUUGCUGUAUCCAUUCUGUGCCCUCAUCAAUGACCUGAAGGAGAGGGCGGCAGCUUCUGGUUCGGGCUUUCCACCGGUCUCUUGCAUUGUGGCAGAUGGUUUCAUGACGUUCUCAGCCUAUCCAGCGAGUGAGAAGUUCGGGAUCCCGGUCGUGAACUUGUGGACUAUACCAGCCUGUGCCCUGAUGGCAUUCAUGCACUAUCCUAAGCUCAUAGAAAAAGGGUUUGCUCCACUAGAAGAUGAAAGCUAUCUUACGAAUGGCUAUCUAGAAACAAUAAUUGAUUGGAUUCCUGGCAUGAAGAACAUGAGACUGCGAGACAUGCCAAGUUUCUUACGAACAACGGCUCCAGAUGAUGUCAUAUUCAAUUUCGUAAUGGACACGGCAGCCAGAUUUGACAAGGCUUCGGCGACCAUCAUUCACACCUUUGAGGCACUUGAAGCAGAUGUUUUGGACGCUUUCUCAUCGAUGUUCUCUAGGCCUGCUUAUGCAAUCGGUCCGUUUCAGCUGCUUAUUGAUCGAAUCCCAGAAAAUGAGAACCAACUGAAGCACAUCCGUUGCAACCUAUGGAAAGAAGAUAUGCAGUGUCUUCAAUGGCUAGACUCACAAAAACCUGAAUCCGUGCUCUAUAUUAAUUUCGGAAGCAUAGCAUUUUUGACAUCGCAACAACUGAUAGAGUUUGCUAUGGGGAUUGCUAGUAGUAAACAUCCAUUCUUAUGGAUAAUUCGGCCCGACCUAGUGAAUGGGGACACUGCAAUAAUUCCUCCAGAAUUCAAUGAAGAAACCAAGGGGAGAGCUUUUAUUUCCGAAUGGUGCCCACAAGAGGAAGUACUCAACCACCCUUCGGUCGGAGGAUUCCUGACUCACUGUGGAUGGAACUCGGCAAUCGAGACCCUGACUGCUGGAGUCCCAAUGCUGUGCUGGCCCUAUUUCGGAGAUCAACAGACAAUCUGCAAGUAUGCGUGCAUGGAUUGGGAGGUUGGGCUGGAGAUUGGCAGCGACGUGAAGCGAGACAAAGUGCAGAAGCUCACGAAAGAAUUGAUGGAUGGAGAGAAGGGAAAGCAAAUAAAGAAAAGAGCCAUGGAGUGGAAGCGACUAGCAUUCGAAGCAACGGUGGAACAGGGCUCAUCGGCUAUAAAUUUAGAGAAACUAGUGUGCGAGAUUAUAUCCAAAUAGAUUAUCAAAUUGUCUAAACUCUUGAUGGAAAUUCAGCAAGUUUGCCUUCACGCACGACCUUCAAUGAAUAACUUCUUACUUCCUUCCUUCCUGGAUAUAUAUCAUCGUUAUA